GUGAAGAUAGAGCCCGGAGCCUUCCAUGAUUUCCUAACUCCGAGCCACUUAUCUGCCAUGCGAUACUGGCCCAAGAUGGGUUGCGACGCAGCUGGCCACAACUGCAAAAUCGGAAGCAGUGGCGGACCUGGCCAGGAAUGCGUAUGGAAUCCUGUAACGGGCCAGGCGGAUUAUAGCCGUUGCCAUCCACCCGUCGACACCAAGUUCGAAGCGAGCUACGGUGAGAAUGGUGCGCCCUGCAACCCAAAAACGCCAGGAGGUGUUGAAAUGAAGGGGUGCGACUAUGUGGAUCUCAGCUUAGUUGAUGGCUGGACCCUUCCCGUCAAGUUCGAAGCGAGCGGCGACUGUAGCUCGUUAUUAACAACCUCUACCCAGCCAAGCCAGGUGAAGCAAGACCAUCACUAG